AGUUGAGGGGGAAAGGGGAGGCGACUGGAAGCGGCCGGGAAGUUCGUCGUGGGUCUGACGAGGCUUGGUCAUCCCGGGCGCCUGUGGGUUUGUCCUAUUGAUGACAUGGCUACAAGCGCUGUCCCAAGUGAAAAUCUUCCAACAUAUAAAUUGGUGGUCGUCGGGGAUGGAGGUGUGGGGAAGAGUGCCCUCACUAUUCAAUUCUUCCAGAAGAUUUUUGUGCCAGACUAUGAUCCAACCAUUGAAGACUCAUACCUGAAACACACUGAAAUAGAUGGACAGUGGGCCAUUUUGGAUGUCCUGGACACUGCAGGCCAGGAAGAAUUCAGCGCAAUGAGGGAGCAGUACAUGAGGACAGGAGAUGGGUUUCUUAUAGUCUAUUCCGUCACAGAUAAAGCCAGCUUUGAGCAUGUGGACAGGUUCCAUCAACUUAUCCUCAGAGUCAAAGACAGAGAAUCCUUUCCAAUGAUUUUGGUGGCUAACAAAGUUGAUCUAAUGCAUUUACGAAAAAUCACUCGGGAGCAAGGAAAAGAAAUGGCAGCAAAGCACAAUAUUCCAUACAUAGAAACCAGUGCUAAGGACCCUCCACUGAAUGUUGACAAAGCCUUCCAUGAUCUUGUUAGAGUAAUUAGGCAACAGGUUCCAGAGAAGAACCAGAAGAAGAAGAAGAAAACGAAGUGGCGAGGAGACAGAGCCUCUACUUCCCACAAACUGCAGUGUGUAAUUUUGUGACUGUUCCUUCUGUGAUUUCCCCCCCCCAUCCCAACUUGAGCCUAACUCCGAAGCACCGUAUCACUUACCUGCAGUGUUAAUGUUUGAAGAACAGUAAUUAUCUCAUGAAAUAACUCAACAGGAAGCAAAGCCUGAGGCAUUUUUGAAGCUCGGCCAAAGGACUGCUUGGCAAGCGGUGCAGGAUGGUUUUUCAAGGCACUCCAAAAGAAGGGGACAAGCAGAGACCAGAGGUUUAUGAACGUCAACCAUCACCACAAUCUUUAUUUUAUAAAGGGGGGGGAAAUGUUCUUGUUUAGGCCAAUUUCUGACCAGUCAUGAAUGACUCCAUUUUGUACAAUCAUGUUCUGCGUCAGGGUCAGCGGGGUUUUCCUGCCCAGCAAGAAAGAAAUACAGUGGAUUUGUUUUCUCUUGCACUGAACACUCCCAGCUAUACACACCAGUGCCAAACUGCAGUUUCAUAGGAAAGUGUAUAGAUUGAAGAAAGAAAAUGAAUUCCAGCUGCUCUGGGGACUCCAGACUUUGUGUCAGAAACUGGAGUGUAGCCAGCUCUCGGUCUGCAAACUCAAGCAAAGACAAUGGAGGAAUGGGCUUGGUUUGUUAGCUGUUGUUAUUGUUGCUGUUGUUAUCAUUGUUGUUAA